GACACACACCGUUGAUAAGAACAAUGCUGCAUGGCAUGCGAGUGUGUCACUCGCAUGCACAGCGCUCGUGGUGACGGAGCGCGCGGGGCAGGGAACAGCCCGGACCAUUCAAGGGGGGCUGCUGGUGGUGGUGCAGCAGCAGCAGCAGCCAUCCAGAGGCUGAGACCAUCAACUCACUCCACUUGAGAACCUGGCUGCCUGGAUUCGAACCCAGGAUCUCAGCUGUGCCGACUCAGUGCUCUGACAUCUGAGGCACCCGGAAACCUCAGAGGACCCAUGAUGGACUACGAACGUCCCAACGUUGAGACCAUCAAGUGCGUGCUGGUGGGGGACAACGCCGUGGGCAAGACGCGCCUCAUCUGCGCGCGGGCCUGCAACGCGACGCUCACGCAGUACCAGCUGCUGGCCACGCACGUGCCCACCGUCUGGGCCAUCGACCACUACCGCGUGUGCCAGGAGGUGCUGGAGCGCUCACGGGAUGUCGUGGACGAAGUCAACGUGUCCCUGCGCCUGUGGGACACGUUUGGAGAUCACCACAAAGACCGGCGCUUUGCUUACGGGAGGUCGGACGUGGUGGUGGUGUGCUUCUCCAUCGCCAGCCCCAACUCGCUGCGCCACGUGCGGACCAAGUGGUUCCCCGAGAUCAAGCACUUCUGCCCCCGCACGCCCGUCCUGCUCGUCGGCUGCCAGCUCGACCUCCGCUACGCCGACCUGGAGGCCGUGAACCGCGCGCGCAGGCCGCUCGGCCGGCUGAUCAAGCCAGGCGACAUCCUGGCCCCGGAGAGGGGUCGAGAGGUCGCGCGCGAGCUCGGUGUGCCGUACUACGAGACGAGCGUCGUCGCGCAGUUUGGAGUGAAGGACGUCUUCGACAACGCCAUCCGCGCCUCCCUGCUGGCCCGCCGUAACCUGCAGUUCUGGAAGGCUCACCUGCGCAAGGUGCAGCGUCCGCGCAUGCAGGAGCCGUGCCUUCCGCCCCGGCCCCCACCGCCUCUGAUCCGCGUGCCGCCGCCGCCGCCGUGCAGCCCUCUCGGUGACCCGGACCCCUGGGCCACGCUGCUGGGUGACCCCCCCAUCUGCUCCGACGUGAGCUUCCUGCUGCAGGAGGGCGAGCGGCUGCACGCUCACCGCGUCUACCUGGCCAUCGCCUGCUCCAAAUUCCACGACCUCUUCACCAUGGACCUGCUCGAGGCCUCCUCCGAGUGCGAGGGCGACCACCACAACAACAACAAUCAGGCUGCCGGCGAAACGGACGCCUCUGGCGCCGCAGCCGCUUUUGGUACGGACGGCCAAGAGAGCGAGCGGCCGGAGAUGGACCGAAGUCUUUCGGCGAGCGACAGGGCCGUUUCGAGCGGCGCCGAUGGAGACGUCGACCCGAGCGGAGCCGAGCGACCGAGUCGCAACGAGGCGGACGUCCCCCCCUCCCCGGAGGAGGAGGAGCGUGCGGAGCGGCCGCGUCCGGCGGAGGCUGCCGAAAAGACGCCGCAGACGCCGGCGGAGAGGCUACAGGCCAGAAGCCACGGGCGAGGGCUCCUCACCAGGGCCCUCAGCCUCAAGGUGUGGAGCAAGGAGCCUCGGGAUGAAGCUGGCUGCUGCGGUGGAGGUGGCGGAGGCGUCGGCGGCGGCGUCAGCGGAGGAGGAGGCCACGGCAACGCGGCCGACGAAAACCGGCGGCGGCUUCGAGCGUCCCGCAGCGACGGCAGCAUCAAGCUGGGCUCGGCGGCGCAGCAGGGCCUGGGCCAGGUGGUGGCAUCCCGCUCGCUCGUGGGCUGGGGCCGCGGCUUCGUCAGCGUGCACCUCGAGUGGGCCGAGGACGCCCGCACGGGCCGCCGGCGGCUCGCCACGGUGGUGACGGCCGACCGCGGGGUGCGCGUGGGCCCCCUGCGCGCUGUGCUGCGCUACCUGUACGCGGGACGCCUCGAGGAGGGCCUGCGCAGGGAGCAGCUCAUGCAGAUCGCCGCCAUCGCCGAGGCUCUCGAGGUGUUUGACCUGCGCAUGAUGGUGGCGAACCUUCUGAACGACGAGGGCUUCAUGAACCAAGAGAUUACGAAAGCCUUCCACCUCCGUCGCGCAAACCGCAUCAAAGAGUUUCUCGCUAAAGGGACGCUGGCAGACGUCACGUUUCGUGUGGAGGAUGGAAGCGUGCCAGCACACAAGCCGAUCCUCAUCUCGAGCUGCGACUGGAUGUCGGCCAUGUUCGGUGGAACCUUCGUCGAGAGCUCCAACAAAGAGGUUUAUUUCCCUGGCACAAGCCGCGCGUGUCUGCAGGCUUUGCUCGAGUACCUGUACACUGGCCAAUUCACAGCCAACUCACACCUGGAUCCCAUUGAGCUCAUCGCUCUGGGCAACCAGCUGUGUCUCCCACGUCUCGUGGCGCUCACAGAGCAGCAUGCGGUUCAAGAGCUGCGGAGGGCCAUGGAACGCGGCGCUGACAUCGACGGGGAGUGUCUUGUCUACCUGGAGUUGGCCCAGUUCCACAAUGCGGAUCAGCUGGCCGCCUGGUGUCUGCACCACAUCUGCACCAACUAUAACAGCGUCUGCCGCAAGUACCCAAAAGAGAUGCGGGCCAUGAGUCCAGAGAACCUGCUGUACUUUGAGCUGCACCGCUGGCCACCGGUCUGGUACCUGAAGGAGGAGGACCACUACCAGCGCGCUCGCAAGGAGGAGGAGAUGGACGGCUACAUGACCAGCAAGCGGCAGAACGCCCGACGCUGGUGGUCGCUGAGCCCCCAGCCUCCAUCGUCUCCGUCCACCUCGGCGUCGACGUCGGCCUCCCCUUCGACGUCCGCGUCCGCGUUGUGAUGCGCCGAGACCGGGGCCAACGGAGGCCCCUUUGGACCCUGGCCGACGCCGACGGGGGUCCCGGUGGUUAGGACCUCGGGUCGAGCGGCGCUCCAGCUGCGUGGGCGAGGCAGUGAGCUUGUGACGAGAGCUGAAGCGCUCCAUAGCUCGGCGAUAAACGCGCGGGCUUCUCUGCAUAGAUGAGGGGUGCAAUGAGAUACCCAUAUCGAAGUUGAAUCCAGGUGUUAUUUGGAUGGUGUUUUUUUUAUCUUCUAUCUGGCCGAUUGUACACGACGCUAACAUUUGAUUUAUGCCUGUGUUCCUGAAGAUCUGCGCCCAUAGGGAUACAUCAUGUAUCGCUGUGUGCGAUUUACUGCUAAAGUUCCCACGUUUCGUGGGCCUAAUGGUAAAGCUGUCGCUGGCCAACGGCAUCCCAGAUAACUCUACAGUUUCUCCAAUGCUUGCUCAAGGCCAAACAGAGGCCGGUGGCUUAAGGGUAAGGUGCCGAGUGUGGAGUUGAUCGCUGUGUUGCUAGCAUGGCGCAUUGAUAUCAGUAUGCCACUCUAAUGCAGCUGUAGGAGCUAAGUGGCAUUUGAUCGAGUUUUGUUGAUGGCAUUAUUUUAAAAUGUCCUAUUUCACUAUCCACUGCUAGUCAGGUGAAUUACAUUCCGCAUUUCAUGUUCGUGAAUCUCCACCGUCAUCUUUGCGGCAGUAAAGAGAGGGAGGGUGAUUCUACCUCCAGUUAAUUUAACGUCACUUCACUGUGUUGUUGAAAAUGUUUCCAUAUCACGAUCGACUAUGGGUCUUACCUUGUGCAUAGUCAUCACAACCAAAGUGACCCAUCAGCCACUUUGCCUGCUUCAACACCACGAAGUCACUCAUUUCAUAAGCAGCUAUCAUUUGAAGAUAAAUAUAUAUCUAAACAUAUGAGACGCACAAAGAAAAACUUCAAAUAAUUUUGAAUGCAAACAAUAUUUCAACAUACAUGAACUAUCCCUGCUAUUUUCUUGUACAUUUUGCUAAUUACCAUAUAUAUGCUCAUAACAAUGUAGCUACACACAGUCACAUCGUCACCACACAUACAGCAGCACUCGAUAUGCUGUACAACCCUCCUGCAUCAAACCGUAUCUUCGUUCUCUGGUACAAAUAAUAAUACGGACCCACAGAUCUAUUUUGUCCCCCGUGUUAACGAUGCGUUUCGUGGUCUUGAGACAUUCUCUGCUGGCCUGUAGUUGUUUUAGAAGCGAAAAAUACCUGAUAAUGAUUUCCAAUUCAAAACAGGGCCCCCUCUAUUAACCGUGUGCCGCCCCUCACGAAUGUGCUUCACUCACGCGGAUGCUGCACUGGUCGAUGGUGCCAGGGGCGUGGGCGAGGGAUGCCCCCCCCCCCCUCAUAAUAAUCCUCAAUACCCAAUCGCUACAUAAAGCAAUUCGCAUGAACACCUCCGCCUAAUCCUGCGGUGGCCACCCAAGAGCAUCAAAGCAGGACGUGUGUGUGUGUGUGACCUGUUAAAGCGUAUUUUCGUCAUCUCUCCGGGCGACAUUUACAAAGUGUUGCUGAAUCGUGUGCGCACAUCAGUGACAGCAGUAUAAACCUGCAGAUCCAUCCAAGAAGAUCUGUGAGUAUUGUCAACUUUGGUUUUCACUUCAAUCCGAUUAAUUUUUUUUGUUCUUACGGUAUGCUAUCGCAAUCUAUUCAUAAUUGUAGUGUACUACUACAACUAUGUAUAUGUAUCGUGUGUGUAAAGUAUAUACGUGAGCAUAACUGUACACUAAUGUACGGUGUGCGUAUAUACAUAUAUUAAUAUGUAAAGUAUGUAUGUAAUUUAUAGACUCAUCCAUACAAAUACAUGUAUUAUAUGUACAGUAUAUAGUGAUACGUAUUUUUGGUUUAUUUAAUGUGCAUGACUGAACAAAAUUCGUGUUUCAAAUAAAUAAUUACGGGAUUCUGGCGUAAGAAAAUGUACAACAGGGGCACCUGUAAAGAACACCCUCAAAAGUAACUCGUGCAAAGUUGUACAUGAGAAGCACGCUGCUGUGUGAAAGCACCACUAGUGUGACAUUUCAUAAACGAAUUAAAGUUAUUUACUUUGGUUAAGUACUGUGUUUAUGUUGUAAUGUUAUUACCAGUAAAUAGAAAAAAACCACUCAGUCUACUAAAAUCCACAAAUUGAAAAACGUUGCAGGUUUGGUGUCAAGCUUAAGUGGAGCAAAUGCAUCUAAGAAAAUUAAAAUGCUCGAUUAAAACUGUAGAUUAACCAAACCCAUUUUUCUUUUCCUGCCGUGUGAAUAUCUUUAAGGGCAUGUGCUGUCCAAAUGAUGAAUACACACGGCACUGUAUACGUUUAACUUCCGUGGCUGUCACAUAAUUGAUCAAUUUACGUUAAAUCGUGUGUCAGUGUUUUCGACGAGGAGUAGUGGUAGGGUUGGCUGCAAUGUGGCGACACCUCGACACAAAAAUAGUAUCGUCCGUUCUGCUAAAUAUCGUUAUAUCGUGAUUAUCGUUAACCAAUGCAAUUUGCUUAAUAUUGUAUUUACCAAAUAACAAACGUAGUAAUUAAAGUGUGUAAAUAAAUCGAUGUUAUACAUUACAUUACUGCUUUGUAAAAGUUUUUCGGAAGAUUUGACGGCAUGGCGAUUAUAUGACGUCAAUUGUGCAGUCCUAAAUGUAUGCGUAUCUUCGUGUUUCUGUCAGUACGUGCGUUAUAAGCAUCACAGAUUGCAAAGAAAAUAAGACCGGUAGCAGGCUUACGUUGAGUGAGCUGCAGCUGAAGAACGUUUAAGUGGUUUUCAUGUGUGCAAGAAGUCCGGAAAAGCACAGUAACAAUACAAUAACGAUGCUAAAUACAAUUACGAGGAUAUAGGACACUGAAUAUCGCGAUAAUCGUCAUAUCGUCACAUUGAUACGAUAUCGUAUCUGCGUGAAAGAAUACAUCAAGGCUUUCGUGACUGCAGGGAUUCAAAUUCUAUGUUCUUUCGGUAAAGUCACGUAGAAGGGAAAUAAGAAAAUAAGAAAAAUAAAACAUAAUAAUAUAAUUUAUUUUUAAAUAAUAAAAGUAGUUAAUAAUAAAAAAACGAAAAUUUUUAUUUUUAUUAUUUCCAUUCUACGUGACUUUACCGAAAAAAACAAGAAUAUGCUGAACUGUGUGUUUCCACCUUUUCAUUUUACACGAUCACAACUUGUAGUGUGUUGCUUAUUUCAUAAUAAUUGUAAGAGAAAAUGAAAUGGAAAUGAAACAUUAGGAUGCCAUUAAAAUGUGGAAAAUACACUUGCUGUAGAAAACCAGUCAAAUAUCUAUGUAAAUUAAUAUUGUCUCAGUAAGAUUAAAGUGUAGUGCUUUUGUUUAAUGUAUCUGUAUUGUUUACCCCAAACGCCAUCAUAUUUAACAAACAUAUCCAGGAGUAACAUGUUAAAUGUGUAUUAAAUUAAUGUGAAUAUAAUUGAAAACAUUCAUAUACCUAUAUGGACAUACUGUGCAUAUGUAUAUAUUAAAUAAUAUGUAUAUAAAUGUGCGCACUUAUGCUGCGAUUGUACAUAUGUAUUGUUGAUAUUUAUCCGCACAUAUAAUAUGCAGACGAUGUCGCCACAGCCGAUAUAGAUCAACUGCGUUACAUACCGUACCGAUGCAGUGUUACGCAUUUAUGAACGUCAUGUUUCCUCUAGUCAAAAGUACACACGUAACAGAAUAAGAACGUGAGCACGCGAAGACACGAUUUUCUUGCCAGGAUUUGUUUGCGCGCCACCCGUGACCAAUUCUUUCUCCGAAUGAUCAUUAGGAAUAUUACAUCAGCGCGACAGGGGAGGUCGGCAACAGAGAGUCAAGAGGGCCAGUAAGCGAUGGGUAACGCGAGUGUGAGAACAAUCCCAUUCAUGGAUGUUCAGGUACAUCCACAAGUGAAUUCGUGAAUUGAGGGUCUGCCGAGGCUUGGCACAGUCACCCUCUACUACGAUACACUUAAAUAUUGACUUAAA